AUUUGUGUUUAGUUGUUUGAUAAUUUAGCUUUCUCCACCUAAGUUUUAUACUAUGAAACUUUUAUUAUUUGUCUUUUCAACCUCAAUAUUUUCAGUGCUCCAUUGCUCCAUACAUUCUUUUAUUCCUUCGAUCACAUGUCCGGUUUAGUUUUUCAUUAUUCUCUUUUGACGGUUGUAUGGGCCUUUGAGUUUAAAUCCAUCCAGUGAUUGCUCUCAUCAAUAAUAAUAAAAAUAAUACGUUUAUUUCACUUCAAGGUUUUACAAAUUUAUGCAGGAAAAACAGCGCAAUUCAAAGUAACAUAACUAUAUCACAAGCAUUCCAUCUCAUUAUUCCCUCGUCUUUUAAUUUGCUCGGCUCCUCAUGAGCAGUUGACUCCAGCGAUGUUGAUAGUUUAAAGCAAACCUUUUACUUAUAUCACUCAGUAUUUCUUCACUCUGCUACAAACCUCAUUUAGUGGCUGUGGAAUUCACUGGCAAAUUCAGCAUUUUCUAGCUGGCAAAUUGUUAUCUUAACCAUUUUUAAACGGAGCUCAGGCAUCAUGUUUUGGAGCAAGGGUCUCCUCAAGGAAAUGAAGGAGAGUAGUGUCUAUGAAGAUAAAGAAAUAGCUGUAAUACGGGACAAAUUCCCCAAAGCAAAACAUCACUUUCUAGCUCUUCCAAAAGCAGACAUUAAGAAUUUACAAGGGCUUAACAAAAGUCAUGUUCCUCUUCUACAGAAAUUGGAAAGUAAAGGAUUAGAAGUUGCCAAGGAUCUAGGUGACAAAACUGCAACUUUUAGACUUGGAUAUCAUGCAAUACCAUCGAUGGAACGACUACAUUUACACAUAAUCAGUGAUGAUUUCAUCGCAAUUGGCUUGAAAACUAAGAAGCAUUGGAACUCUUUCACAACUGAAUUUUUCAUUCCAUCUAAAGAGAUAAUUACUCGCUUGGACAAAGAAGAAAAGAUCACAAUCAAACAGGAUUUUUACAAGAGUCAGUUGCUGCGACCAUUACAGUGUCAUAAAUGUUCCUUCAUGCCCCGAACGAUGCCUGAAUUAAAAGAUCACCUCAACAAACACAUCACUAAUAGUCAAUCAUAGGUAAUACCCAGUACCUCAGAUUUCGACUGAUUGCUAAGUCAGAUCUAAGUUUGAAUCUUCUUGUAUCUGUAAAUAUAUAAUAUUCAAUUGAAUUCUCACAAAAUUUAUUUUUGAGACCCAGGCUUCAAAUAUGAACUUCCGAAAGUUUUUGUUUUUUGUAGUUAACAACAAUGCUAAAUUUGAAAUGCAUCCUGCUGAGACGCAAAAACUCAAAACAAUGGAAAAGGGAAGGCUUGUCCAAAAAAUAACUGCCCAGCAUACGUCGUCAUUGAGUCACAUUCAGAUCCAAAUAAUGAUCAAGAUGUCUAGUUAUUCUCCCUCGUUGCACAUCAAAAUUUCUAAUUCGGUUUCAAAGAAUUUGACUCUUUCAUAUGUUUGAUUUAAUAUUUUUUAUACCAUGUGUUUUUUACCUAGUUUUCCUUUACUCACUUAUUUAAUGUUUUUCCAAUCCCAAUUUUUUUUCCCGUAACAUUAAGAUUCUACAUACGCCUGUAAGAAAAAAGAAAAAAAAAUCAGGAGAAUGAAAUAAUAUGAUAGAAUUUUGAGUCAUGUUCCCACUAAAUUGCAGCUGAAAACAAAUUUAAGAAAUGAAGGAAAAUGAGGAAGGUCAAUUUUAAAUCAAUGACAUAAAGGCUUAUUUUUAAUACAAAAAUAUUUAUUAUAUAUAUAUGCGUGUAUGUAUAAAUACUUUUGGUUUCCAUUACACAUUGAAAGCAUCGUCAAUUUAUUUUUAGCGGGCUAAAAUACAUAAAGUGCUGGCAAAA